AUGGCAUCAACCAGCAAGUUAUCAUUCCGAGCAAGGAACUUGGAUGCUACAAAGUCGAUGCCUGUGUAUUGCGCGCAAGAGUUACCUGACCUUGCGGAAUGUACGCCAAUCAAUCGGGCAGUAGCUCAGAUGCCGACGGGUAUGGAGAAAGAUGAAGAAAAUGUAGGUAUACUUAUCUGA